AUGACUCAUCCUACGAGCAGAGAAUACAAAUUGAAGCUGGAUGCUUUAAACCGCUUAGCUGUAAACAUUUUGCACCAGAAGAGUCACCUCUUACAACACCAUGUGACUGCAAAAGAAGUAGCUACUAUCUUUCUCACCGCUGAUACUGGAGCCACUACCAACUCUCGGUUUGUCUGCUUAUGGGUGUUACCUUUCAAGAGCUGUAAAAGAAAGAGAGAAAUCAAAAUAGAUGAGUUAAAUAAUGCCAGCAAGAAACCUGCAGCUGGAGCAGAUAUGCCUCAUUAUAGCAAGUAA